AUGCAGCAGGCGCCCCUGCCCAGCCGCCGGGCCGUUCUCUUGGCUCCUCCGAGGCACGCGGCCUGGUGCUGGGACGUGCACUUCCUGGACUACUUCCGCGCGCGCGGCUUCGACGCCUACGCGCUGUCCCUCAGGGGCCACGGCGGCAGCGGGCAGGGCGGCGUCGAGGACGGCACAGUGGAGAUGCACGCCGGCGACGUGGCGGCCUUCGUGGAGCACGUCCACCGCGAGUCGGGCCGGCCCGUCGUCCUGGUGGGGCACAGCUUCGGCGGCCUGUUCGUCCAGAGCGCGGCCUCGCGCCUGGUCGCUGCCGGCUCGGCCGCGCUCGCGGGCGCGGUGCUCCUCAGCAGCGUGCCUCCCUCGGGCAACGCGGAGCUCGGCAAGCGCUACUUCCAGCGGGACUUCGUGCUCGGGGCGCGGCUCACCUGGGCGAUGGUGACCAGGGCGUUCGAGCGGGACCUGGAGCUCUCCAGGCUGAUGUUCUUCGGGCAGGGGAUGCCCCUGGAGCAGGUCGGGCGGUACACGGACCGCAUGGGCGAGGGCUGCCCGCCGGGCGCCAGGCUGCUCGACCUUCGCAGGCUGUCCGGGUCCCUGCCCGUGGAGGCGGUCCCGCCCGGCAAGCUGCCGGUGAUGGUGGCUGGCGGCGACGCGGAUGUGAUCGUAGACCGCGAAGCACUGGAGGAGACAGCAAGGGCUCAUGGCGUCGAGGCGGUGAUUUUGGAAGGCGUCGCCCAUGACGCCAUGCUGGACCUCAAGUGGGAAGACACGGCGAACGCCAUCGCAGACUGGAUCGAGCGCAAGACGUGA